AUGAGACCUCAAGCUUUUAUCGGAGCCUUUUCCUUGCUUGGAAUCGGGAUAGCAGCUGCUCAAAACUGCACAUUCCAAUCGAUUACACCGUCAACCAACCUUGUUUGGUGCCGCUGCGAGGGCCCUUUCUACUGCGCCAAGCUCGAUGUACCUCUUGACUAUUUGAAUCCUCAGCUCGGCCGAGCCUCGGUCCCGUUAAUGAAGCUUCCCGCAGAUCCGGCUUCCCAAAAUGGUCCAUACCGAGGCAUGAUCCUCAUUAACCCUGGCGGUCCAGGUGGUUCCGGAAUCGAACUAGCCCGCAGCAGUGCAAUCCAAAUCCAGCCUAUCCUAGGCUCAAACUAUGACAUCGUAGGUUUCGACCCUCGCGGGAUUGGGCUCAGCGAGCCGCGAGCAAGCUGCUCGGCAGGAAACUCUACCCGUCGACGAAAGACUCGGAACGUGCCUCGCCUGGGAGACGCAUUCUACAACGAGCGUAUCGAAAUCUACAAGGAUAUCGGUGAACGCUGCCAAGCGACCAUUGGCGCCGAUACUGCUGCCGGACCACACAUGACAACCGCCACAACGGCACGCGAUAUGCUCAGCAUUGUCGAAGCCUUUGCCGCCACCCCUGAUGGUGCCCGCGCGGCACUAAACUCCAGUCAGCUGAACUAUUACGGUAUCAGUUACGGCACCUUUCUUGGACAGACCUUCGCGUCAAUGUUUCCCGACAGAGUUGGACAUGUUGCGCUCGAUGCCGUCCUCAGCCCCGAGGGUUACCAGGAGAACGGCACAUAUCCCAACAUGAAUCAUGUCGAUGGUAUUCUAGGGGCAUUUUUUAUUUAUUGUCACGCCGCAGGGCCAGGCUACUGCGCCUAUUAUACUGGCGACACCCCCAUGAAUAUCUUUGAGCGGUGGAACGCGUCAUUCUCGCAGCUUGAUGCUCGUACAGCAGAAGCCGAGGGUUGGGAGAAUGCCACCGAGAUUGCAUCUGCUCUCCGUGUUUUCAAAGACGGAAUUCUUUCUGUCGCUAUCGAACCGUUGGCUUCGUUUGGCAUCAUCGCACCCGCGCUUGUACGUUUGGAGCAGGCGCUGGAUGGGGGCUACCUCGCUGUCUGGACAGAGCAGGUUAAGCUAUUACUUGGGGAAUCAGAAGAUGCAGAAGUAUUGGAUGGAAAUCUUGAGCAGAAUAUCGGAGUGACGUGCUCGGAUCAGAAAAAUAGGCUGUAUGGGAAGUCGCUGGAAGAUCUCCGCCCUCUGAUAAAGCAGCUGGAAGACCAAAGUGUGAUUGGGGAAAUUUGGGCUACGGUGGCACUAAGUUGUACCGGAUGGUCCAUCAGCUCCAACGACGUUUUUGAAGGGCCUUAUGGGGGCAACACGUCAUACCCGUUGCUUUUUGUUAGCAACACAUUCGAUCCUACAACACCCAUUGAGAAUGCUAUUGCGAACGCUCCCAAAUUCAGGAAUUCUCGGAGGCUUACUAUUGAUGGAUUGGGCCAUAAUUCCUUCACGACAGACAACCUGUGUGGCUUCGAAGCCAUUAGGUCCUACUUCCAGGACAAGAUGUGCGGCCGAGAGCACUAUUGUCCGCUCGAGAUUGGGCCGUUCGGCGUUCAGUUGAACGGAACGAUUCAGCAGAACCUUGAAACUGCAGGGUUAGCAAGAAUCCGCGACUUGUACUAG